AUGCGUUACACCGAGAUCCUCGCCCUUGCCAUGGGCAACGUGGCCGCUGCUCAGUUCACCACCGGCCGCUUCGCCAACACCAGUACCAUCGCUACUGGCACUGAGACCGGCACUGUCUCUCUCGAUGUCACCGAGACUGCUACUUCUGGCACCGCUGCUGCCACCACCACCGCCGCUGGUGGCAUCGGAAGCCCUGCCGGCUUCAACUUCCUCGGCUGCUUCUCUUCCGAGAACGGCUUCCCUGGCUUCACUCAAGCUUCCUCCAGCGAGGAGAACGACUCCGAGUCCUGUGCCGAGUCCUGCCUGGGCUCCAACUUCUUCGGUCUUUACGGCAACGCCUGUUACUGUGGCAGCGUCCUUGACACCUCCUCUUCUCCUGCUGUCGGCACUGGAGAGUGUGACAUUGUCUGCCCUGGUAACGAUGCUGAGAGCUGUGGUGGCCUCGGUGGCAACUCGCGCAUCAUGCGCCGACAGCUCGACAUCAACAUCCUUCUCUCCAUCUACGUCGCCAUCGGCGUGAACCCUGGUGAGACUGAUACCAUCACCAACACCGACUUCGUCACCCAGACCCUCGAGCCCAUCACCACCACUGCCACCGUCACCCGCACUGAGGACGGCAAGACCAUCACUGCUACCGUCACCGAGGUCAUCGCAGUCAUCCCCACCGAUGUCAUCAUCAUCUGCUACGGUAACUACUGUGCUCCUCAGGUCCACUGCCCUACUUGCUCCAACUUCCAGAUCGUCUGUACCGAUGGUUACUGCGCCCCUGAGGAGUGCUACGAUGACACCUGGCACCAACUCAAGAUCUGCAACGACGGCAGCUGCCACUACGCCGACUACGAGGGCGACGAGUGCAACCAGCGCAUCGUCUGCUACGGCUCCGAGUGCCAGCGUGACCAGCACUACUCCCACGACUACGCCAAGAAGUUCGUCUGCGAUGUUGAGGAGGACCGAUACUACUUCGACGAGUGCACUGAGGAUUGCUAUAGCUACGAGAAGUGCUCUCAUGGAGAGUGCGAGCCCGUCCACCCUCCUGUCAACCCCGGUCCCGUCCACCCUCCCAAGCCUGUCUACCCUGGCAAGCCUCCUGUUGUUGUCGUCCCUGAGCCCCAGACUCCCUCCAAGCCCGUCCACCCUGCUCCUCCUGCUAAGCCCGGUGUUCCCGCUCCCAAGCCCGAGUACUCUGCUCCUCCUACCCCUGAGCACCCUGCUCCUCCUGCCCCCAAGCCCGAGACUCCUUCCAAGCCCGGCGUUCCCGCUCCUAAGCCCGAGUACCCUGCUCCUCCUGCUAAGCCUGAGACUCCCGCUCAGCCCGAGACUCCUGCCAAGCCCGAGACUCCCGCUCAGCCCGAGACUCCUGCUACCACUGGCUCCGCCCAGAAGCCCGAGACUCCUGCUACAACCGGCUCCGCCCAGAAGCCCGAGACUCCUGCUACCACCGGCUCCGCUCAGAAGCCCGAGGUGCCCGUCGUCACCGCCGGAGCUGCCCAGAAGACCUUCGCCGGUGUGGCCGCUGCCAUCGCCGGUUUCGCUUUCUUCCUGUAA